AUGGCGCCAGGUCUUAUUGAUCCCGCCCCCGCCGUCGAGCCUUCCCAGCAACGUAGCCUUUCUUCAAUCACGGAUCAAUACGAUGACACGCUUCGUUUCUACUUGAACGGCACCAAGGUUGUCCUCGAUUCUGCAGACCCCGAAGUAACCCUUCUCGAAUAUCUUCGAGGCAUUGGACUUACGGGAACCAAGCUCGGUUGCGCAGAAGGUGGCUGUGGAGCCUGUACGGUUGUAGUGUCACAGUAUAACCCUACCACGAAGAAAGUCUACCACGCAUCGGUGAAUGCAUGUUUGGCGCCCUUGGUAUCGGUGGAUGGCAAACAUGUCAUUACAGUCGAGGGCAUUGGCAAUGUCAAGAAACCCCAUCCUGCACAGGAAAGAGUCGCACAAGGAAACGGGUCACAGUGUGGAUUUUGCACGCCUGGCAUCGUGAUGAGCCUGUAUGCGCUGCUGAGGAACACCGAGUCGCCGUCUGAGCUUGAGGUCGAGGAGGCAUUCGAUGGAAACCUUUGCCGAUGUACGGGAUACAGGCCUAUUCUGGAUGCUGCUCAGACAUUCAGCGCUAGCGCUGGCAAAGGAUGUGCAAAGGCAAAGGCGAAUGGAGGUGGUGGCUGCUGUAUGGAGAAGAGCGGCGAGAAUGGCGGUGGCGGUUGCUGCAAGUCAAAGGACGACGACCAGCCGAUUAAACGCUUUACACCUCCUGGUUUCAUUGAAUACAAUCCGGAAACAGAGCUGAUAUUUCCUCCCGCGUUGCGUCGACACGAGUAUAAAGCCCUCGCAUUCGGCAACAAACGCAAGCGGUGGUAUCGUCCCGUCACUGUGGAGCARUUGCUGGAGAUCAAGAGCGUCUACCCAUCUGCAAAGAUCAUAGGAGGAAGCACGGAAACGCAAAUCGAGGUCAAGUUCAAGGCCAUGCAAUACACAGUCUCAGUGUUCGUUGGUGAUAUACCAGAACUCAGGCAGUACAAGUUCGAAGACAAUCACAUCGAGAUUGGAGGCAAUGUCACUCUGACAGAUCUCGAGUAUCUUGCGUUGGAAGCUGCAGAGCAUUAUGGCGAAAAGCGCGGCCAGCCGUUCGCUGCGAUCAACAAGCAGAUCAGGUACUUCGCAGGUCGUCAAAUCAGGAACGUUGGUACGCCAGCAGGCAACCUUGCUACUGCUUCCCCUAUCUCGGACUUGAACCCGGUUUUUCUCGCAACAAACGCGACGAUCGUGGCACGAUCACUCGAUAAGGUCACCGAGAUACCAAUGUCAGACUUCUUCAAGGCCUACCGGGUCACCGCGCUGCCACCAGAUGCCAUCAUCUCAAGUAUCAGGGUUCCUGCUUUCCAGGAGAAGGGAGAGUACAUGCGCGCAUACAAGCAGGCAAAGAGGAAGGACGACGACAUUGCCAUUGUCAACGCUGCCCUGCGUGUUCAUCUGGGUGAUGAUAAUGUGGUAAAGAACUGCAGCCUGGUCUUUGGUGGCAUGGCGCCCGUCACCAUCGGUGCGAAGAGUGCAGUUGAAUAUCUUGAAGGGAAGACCUUUACCGACCCACGAACCCUGGAGGGUGUCAUGAAUGCACUGGAGCACGACUUCGAUCUCCGUUUUGGCGUGCCUGGCGGAAUGGCCACAUACCGCAAGUCACUCGCACUGGGCUUCUUCUACCGAUUCUAUCACGAGAUACUGCGGGAGUUGAAUCCUGAGGGAAGUGAUAUCGACGAAGACUGCAUAGCAGAGAUUGAGCGCGAGAUCAGCAAAGGCUACAAAGACCACGAAGCUGGCCGUGCGUAUGAAAAAGAGAUCAUCGGUAAGGAGCAGCCCCACGUUGCAGCAUUGAAGCAGUGUACUGGCGAGGCGCAGUAUACCGAUGAUAUCCCCGUGCAGAAGAAUGAGCUAUAUGGAUGCAUGGUCUUGAGCACCAAAGCUCACGCUAAGGUCUUGAGCGUCGACCCGAGUCCUGCAUUGGAUCUACCUGGUGUCCACGACUAUGUUUGUCACACAGAUCUUCCAGACGCCAAGGCCAACUAUUGGGGAGCGCCUAAAUGUGAUGAGACAUUCUUCGCCGUGGAUGAAGUCUUCACUGCUGGCCAGCCUAUUGGCCUGAUUCUCGCCACAUCCGCGAAGCUUGCAGAAGCAGGAGCUCGAGCUGUAAAGGUCACUUACGAGGAACUGCCGGCAAUAUUCACAAUGGAAGAGGCGAUUGCAGCCAAUAGCUUUUUUGAUCAUUGUCAUUUCAUCCAGAAUGGCGACGUUGACAAAGCAUUCGCGGAGGCCGACCACGUCUUCACCGGUGUCGCAAGGAUGGGAGGCCAGGAGCACUUCUACCUCGAAACGAAUGCUUGCGUUGCCAUACCUAAGCCCGAGGAUGGGGAGAUGGAGAUAUUCAGUUCCACUCAAAAUCCCGCAGAAACCCAGGCGUAUGUUGCGCAGGUGACCGGAGUCGCUGCUAACAAAGUUGUGACUCGUGUCAAGCGUCUUGGUGGAGGGUUUGGAGGGAAAGAGACCCGAUCCAUCCAGCUGGCUGGAAUAUGUGCUAUAGCCGCAAAGAAGACUCAGCGACCUGUUCGCUGCAUGUUGAACAGAGAUGAAGACAUCUUGACUUCUGGCCAGCGACACCCAUUCCUCUCACACUGGAAGGUCGCUGUUAACAAAGACGGUAAACUCCAAGCUCUUGAUGCUGAUGUGUUUAACAACGGUGGCUGGUCACAGGAUCUCAGCGCGGCUGUGGUUGACAGAGCAAUGAGCCACAUUGAUGGCACCUACAACAUUCCGAACGUCUUUGUAAGAGGCCGAAUCUGCAAAACGAACACUGUCUCAAAUACAGCGUUUAGAGGAUUUGGAGGACCUCAGGGAAUGUUCAUAUGUGAAACAAUGAUGGAGGAAGUCGCUGAUCAUCUCAAUAUACCGGUUGAGAAGCUCAGAGAAAUCAACAUGUACCAGUCCGGAGAUUCGACGCACUUUCGGCAGGAGUUGAAGGAUUGGUAUGUUCCAUYGAUGUGGAAGCAAGUCAAAGAAGAGUCCGAAUGGCAGCGUAGGAAAGACGAGGUCGCUGCUUUCAACGCGAAGAGCAAGUGGAAGAAACGUGGCAUGGCUCUCAUCCCAACGAAGUUCGGCAUUAGCUUCACGGCACUAUUUCUCAACCAGGCCGGUGCAUUGGUGCACAUCUACCACGAUGGCAGUGUUCUCGUCGCCCACGGCGGCACUGAGAUGGGCCAAGGUCUCAAUACCAAGAUGAUCAUGAUUGCAGCCGAAGCUUUGGGUGUGCCGCAGGACAAUGUCUUCAUUUCAGAGACUGCCACCAACACUGUCCCCAACACGUCGUCUACGGCUGCAUCAGCAUCAUCUGAUCUUAACGGAUAUGCGAUCUGGAAUGCUUGCGAGCAAUUGAAUGAACGCCUCGCACCGUAUAGAAAGGAGCUCGGGAAGGAUGCCACGAUGAAGCAAUUGGCUCACUCCGCAUACUUCGACAGAGUGAAUCUUUCGGCCAAUGGAUUUUACAAGACACCCGACAUCGGCUAUGUCUGGGGUCCCAACAYGGGACAGAUGUUCUUCUACUUCACUCAAGGUGUGGCCGGCGCAGAAGUCGAAAUCGACACACUGACCGGAGACUGGACGUGCAGAAGAGCAGACAUCAAAAUGGACGUGGGACGGUCCAUCAACCCCGCCAUCGAUUAUGGUCAAAUUGAGGGAGCUUUCGUCCAAGGACUCGGCCUCUUCACCAUCGAGGAGUCGCUUUGGCAUCGUGCCAGCGGUCAAAUCUUCACAAAAGGACCAGGAGCCUAUAAAAUUCCCGGUUUCAGGGACAUUCCUCAGGAGAUGAACAUCAGCCUGUUGAAAGAUGUCAAUUGGGAGAAUCUCAGAACCAUCCAGCGAUCGAGAGGAGUCGGCGAGCCGCCCCUGUUCAUGGGAUCGGCCGUCUUCUUUGCCAUCAGGGAUGCUUUGAAAGCUGCUCGUAAGCAGUAUGGGAAAGAUGAUGUCCUUAGCCUUAUCAGCCCAGCUACGGUGGAGCGGAUUCGGAUUAGCUGCGCCGACCCCAUCAUUCAGAGAGCAGAGGUCAAGGCGCAAGAAGGGGAGAAGAGCUUCUUCAUUGCCAUCUAG